UUCCAUCAUGCACAGGUGUUUGCAGGCUUGAACCGACUGGGGAAGAAGACUCUUCUCCGUCCGUCCGACUAUCCUGCCACGUGCCACGAAGUUGGUACCCCCUUUUUCUUCUGAGACGAGCCCAGCCAGCCAAUCAAAAUAGAGUCCCUCAAGGUGAAAGUUGACUUCCUGAAGGUGCCCCUUGGCCUGAAGAAGCCCACUCUGAAGGAGGCAGCGGCUGCCUUGGCAGCCGUCCCGGGGCCUGGGAGACCCAAGUCCGUCAACGUGGACCGCUACAAGGCUCGGCGUUCUGACAACAUGGACAACGAGUCGCAAUAUUCGGGGUACUCCUACAAGUCAGGUCACUCGCGCAGCUCCCGGAAGCACAGAGAUCGGCGGGAGCGGCACCGCUCCAAAAGCCGAGACGGGAGCCGAGGGGACAAGUCGGUGACGAUCCAGGCCCCCGGGGAGCCUCUGCUGGACAACGAGUCGACCCGAGGAGACGAAAGGGAUGACAAUUGGGGGGAGACCACGACAGUGGUGACGGGCACGUCGGAACACAGCAUCUCCCACGAUGACAUCACGCGUAUCACGAAGGACAUGGAGGACAGCGCCCACUUGGACUGCUCGCGCCACCUGGGCGUCUCGCUGGGCGGGGCCUUGGCCCUCCUCUCCUUCCUCACCCCUUUGGCCUUCAUGCUCCUGCCCCAGCUGCUCUGGGGAGAGAAACUGGAGCCCUGCGGGACGCCUUGCGAGGGGCUCUUCAUCUCGGUGGCCUUCAAGCUCCUCAUCCUGCUCUUAGGCAGCUGGGCCCUCUUCUUCCGCCGCCCCAAAGCCUUCUUCCCGCGCAUCUUUGUCUUCCGGGCCUUGCUCAUGGUGCUGGUUUUCCUCCUGGUGGUCUCGUACUGGCUCUUCUACGGUGUCCGCAUCCUGGACUCGCGCGACACCAACUACCAGGGCAUCGUGCAGUACGCCGUCUCCCUCGUGGACGCCCUCCUCUUCGUCCACUACCUGGCCGUGGUUCUUCUCGAGCUGCGGCAGCUCCAGCCCCACUUCACCCUCAAGGUGGUGCGCUCUACCGAUGGGGCCAGCCGGUUUUAUAACGUUGGCCAUCUCAGCAUCCAGCGAGUUGCGGUGUGGAUCCUUGAAAAUUACUACCACGACUUUCCGGUUUACAACCCUGCCCUCCUUAACCUGCCAAAGUCAGUUCUGUCCAAGAAAAUGUCUGGGUUCAAGGUGUACUCGCUUGGAGAAGAAAACACAACCAACAACUCAACGAGCCAAUCGCGGGCCGUCAUUGCCGCAGCCGCCCGGAGGCGGGACAACAGCCACAAUGAGUAUUACUAUGAGGAAGCGGAGCACGAGCGCCGGGUGCGGAAACGACGCGCCAGGCUAGUGGUGGCUGUAGAAGAGGCCUUCACGCACAUCAAACGGCUCCAGGAGGAGGAUCAGAAAAACCCGCGGGAGAUCAUGGACCCGCGAGAGGCAGCUCAGGCCAUCUUUGCCUCCAUGGCUCGGGCCAUGCAGAAAUACUUGCGGACCACCAAGCAGCAGCCCUACCACACGAUGGAGAGCAUCCUGCAGCACUUGGAGUUCUGCAUCACCCAUGACAUGACGCCCAAGGCAUUCCUUGAACGUUACCUGAGUGCCGGGCCUACCAUCCAGUACCACAAAGAUCGCUGGCUCGCGAAGCAGUGGACUCUGGUCAGUGAGGAGCCAGUGACCAACGGCCUGAAGGACGGGGUGGUCUUCGUCCUCAAGCGCCACGACUUCAGCCUGGUGGUGAGCACCAAAAAGAUCCCCUUCUUCAAACUUUCAGAGGAGUUUGUGGACCCCAAAUCGCACAAGUUUGUGAUGCGGCUUCAGUCAGAGACCUCGGUGUGAACUGAAACUGGGGCGAGGGGCUUGAAGGCCUGAGCAUGACCUUCUGUGACAGGGGAGCAGCCCGGUGCACAACAAUAUCUUCGUCCUUUG